AUGGGUUCCUCUCGGGCACCCAGGAUGGGGCGUGUGGGAGGGCACGGGCUGAUGGCAUUGCUGAUGGCCGGUUUCAUCCUGCCAGGAACCUUGGCUAAGAGCAUUGGGCCCUUCUCGGACCCCUGUAAGGACCCCACGAGGAUCACCUCUCCGAAUGACCCUUGUCUCAUUGGAAAGACUGGCUCCAACAGCAUCAGCAGCCACGGAGGCACAAGCAGCAUCAGCAGCCAGGGUGGAUCGAGCAGCAUCAGCAGCCACGGAGGCACAAGCAGCAUCAGCAGCCAAGGUGGAUCCAGCAGCAUCAGCAGCCAGGGUGGAUCCAGCAGCUCCCAGGGAAGUUCUUCAGGAUCCUUGAUAUUUAAACCAGGGACAGGGUAUUCCCAGAGUAGCUAUUCUUUUGGUUCUGGCGGCUCCCAGACAGGAAGCAGCGGCUCUCAGACAGGAAGCAGUGGUUCUCAGACAGGAAGCAGCGGCUAUCAGUCAGGAAGCAGCGGCUAUCAGUCAGGAAGCAGCGGCUCUCAGUCAGGAAGAUGGGUAAGCAGCAGUUCUCAAUGGGUAAGCAGUAGUUCUCAGUCCGGAAGUUCAGGAAGCAGCCGAGAGGGACCAGGAAAUGGCUCUGCUCUCCCGACGGAUGACAAUUCUUCCCGCCUGACAUCAGGCACUGUCCAGUCUGGAGGCUCGUAUACUUCUAAGAGCAGCAGCUCCAAGCAGCGGCCUUGUAGCUCCAACGUGCCCGACUCUCCCUGCAGCGGGGGGCCUGUCAUCACACACUCAGAGCCCUACAUCUCCGGUUCCCACACCGUUUCGGGUGGCCAGAGACCUGUAGUGGUGGUGGUGGAGCAACAUGGCUCUGGUGGCCCUGGAGGGUUUCAAGGCAUGCCCUGUAGCAAUGGCGGCCCCUCAGGCAAGCCCUGCCCUCCCAUCACCUCUGUCCAGAAACCCUAUGGCGGCUAUGAGGUGGUAGGUGGCUCUGCCGACAGUUAUCUGGUCCCCGGCAUGACCUACAGUGGGGGUAAAAUUUACCCCGUGGGCUACUUCACUAAGGACAACCCUAUCAGAGGCUCGCCAGGGUCCCCCUCCUUUGCCGCUGGGCCCCCAAUCUCUGAGGGCAAGUACUUCUCUAGCAAUCCCAUCAUUCCCAGCCGCAGCUCCAAUGCCUACCCAUCGGGCAUAGUGUUCCAACCCGUGGGCUCUGGCGGGGUCCAGCCCUGUGGCACUGGCUUGACCGGCUCUAAGGGGCCUUGCUCUGGUACGAGAAUUCAGAUCACCUCCAGCAGCUCCAGUACCUCCUACCACCCCUGCAGCGGUGGUGCCUCCCAGGGGCCCUGCUCCUCACCGGGCACCAACUCUAUUAGCGGGGGAAGCUCUUCCGUCUCCACUGGCAAAAUCGUCCUUCAGCCCUGCGGCAGCAAAUCUAGCUCUUCUGGCUACCCCUGCCUUUCUGUUCCCUCCUCCACAUUGAAUGGGGGUCUGAAUGGCUCUCCUCAGCCUGUCCCCUCAGUGGUUGUCAAGCCCUGUGGCCCCAACAGCCCUGGAAGAGUGCCGUGCCGUUCCAUCCGCGACAUUCUGACCCAAGUGAAGCCUUUGGGGCCCCAGUUAAUGGAUCCCCAAGUCUUUCUGCCACAGGGCGAGCCACUUGACAAGUCUUAAGCCGUGCGUGCGAGCUAUUUUCCAAUUGCCAGCCACCUCCCAACUGGAAGACGUU